AUGGAUGCAGAGAUGGCUUCCUGGAAGUCCACAGGCACCUACAGUGACGCAGUUCCUCCUCCUGGGGCGAACAUCGUCAGUGGCAUGUGGAUCUUCAGGGUGAAGCGGCCGCCGGGCUCUCCACCUGUCUUCAAGGCGCGGUACGUGGCUCGUGGCUUCAGUCAGCGGCAGGGAGUUGACUACUUUCAGACCUUCUCUCCCACCCCGAAGAUGACCACUCUUCGGGUGCUACUACACAUAGCCGCGCAGCGUGACUAUGAGCUUCACUCCCUUGACUUAAGCACUGCUUUCCUGCAGGGUAGCUUGCACGAGGAGAUCUGGCUGCGCCGUCCACCAGGCUUCACUGGGACUUUCCCUCCCGGCACCCAGUGGAGCCUCCGACGGCCAGUCUACGGUCUCCGCCAGGCACCGCGCGAGUGGCACGACACACUGAGGACUACCCUUGCGGCUCUUGGGUUUGCACAUUCUACUGCUGACCCGUUGUUGUUUCUGCGCACCGACACCUCUCUGCCGCCGUUCUACAUCCUCGUGUACGUCGACGACUUGGUCUUUGCCACAGCUGACACUACUGGACUCGCCCACGUGAAGUUCGAGCUGCAGAAGAGACACACGUGCAGACCUGGCAUUCUUGCACGCUAUGUUGCUCCUGGGAGACACCGACCAGAGCACAUGGCUGCAGCGAAGAGGGUGUUGCGCUACUUGUGCAGUACGUGGGGCAUGAGGCUAGUGCUUGGAGGGCGGAGUCCAGUGGUCCUCACUGGGCACGCGGACGCUUCUUGGGCUGACGACCAGGCUACACAGCGGUUGUCACAGGGUUACACCUUCAGUCUUGGUUCCGGCUCUUUUUCGUGGCGGGCUACUCGCUCGUCUUCUGUUCUCAGCUCCAGUUGUGAGGCUGAGAUCUACGCGGUGGCCAUGGCUGCACAGGAGCUACGCUGGCUCACCUACCUGCUGAUUGACCUAGGAGAGCCGCCUCGUUCUCCACCAGUUCUGUACGUAGACAACAAGGCCAUGCUAGCCUUGUGUUGA